AUAUGUGUGCAUCUAACAUGUAUAGAAAGUUGGAAGAGGCAAAAAAGGAAAAAAAAAAAAAAAACCACCGACAGAGAUAGAGUUUGAGUUUAAGAAUAUUUGAUGGCAGCCAUUCAUGUUCUUGUUGUGUUUCUGUCAUGGACUUCCCUUUCUACUAUGGUAAAGUGUGAGCAUGAUCAGGAUAAUGCAUAUGCUCAACAAAUUCUAACUUCAGCUCAAAAGGAAAAUAAUUGGUUGGUUUCAAUUAGAAGAAAGAUUCAUCAAUACCCAGAAUUGGGUUUUCAAGAACACAAUACAAGUGCUCUUAUUCGCAGUGAACUUGACAAACUUGGUAUAUCUUAUACAUACCCAGUUGCAAAAACUGGUAUUGUUGCCCAAAUUGGCUCUGGUUCUCCUCCCAUUAUUGCUAUUCGUGCUGAUAUGGAUGCUCUCUCCUUGCAGGAGCUUGUUGAGUGGGAAUACAAGAGCAAAAUUGAUGGCAGAAUGCAUGCUUGUGGACAUGAUGCUCAUACUACUAUGCUAUUGGGAGCUGCAAAGUUGCUCAAUCAGCGCAAAGAUAAGCUUAAGGGAACUGUGAGACUUCUUUUCCAACCUGCUGAGGAGGGAGCUAGAGGUGCCUCACAAAUGAUAAAAGAAGGUGUUCUGCAAGACGUUGAAGCAAUUUUUGGUGUGCAUAUAGAUGAUACAACAUCUACCGGAGCCAUAGCAUCGAUUCCAGGGCCUUUUACAGCUGCUGCAUGCAUUUUCGAGGCAAAAAUUGUAGGCGUAGGUGGUCAUGCUGCAUUACCCCACCAGACUGUAGAUCCACUGCUGGCUACAUCACUUACAAUACUAGCACUUCAACAACUUGUCUCAAGGGAAGUUGAUCCUCUUCACAGUCAAGUACUGUCUGUUACUUAUGUCCAUGGAGGGGGUGCGUUUAACGUGAUCCCAUCAUAUGUAAAAUUUGGAGGUACUCUAAGGAGCCAGACAACGGAAAGCAUGUACCAUUUCAAACAGCGAUUAAAAGAGGUUAUUGAAGGACAAGCAAGUGUACAUAGAUGUAAAGCAUAUGUUGAUUUCAAGGAAGAAGAAUACACACAAUAUCCAUCUGUUAUCAAUGACAAAGAUUUACAUCUACAUGUCGAAAGAGUUGGCCGACUUCUGCUUGGUCCAGACAAUGUCCAUGAAGCCAAGAGGGUCAUGGCAGGUGAAGACUUUGCAUUUUAUCAAGAAGUGAUUCCUGGAAUGUAUUAUUCCAUUGGAAUCAGAAAUGAGAAAAUAGGAUCAAUUCACACCCCACACUCUCCAUUUUUCUUUCUUGAUGAGGAAGUUCUUUCAAUUGGAGCAGCUCUACACACUGCUGUUGCUGAGUUGUACUUAAAUAAGCUCACAAUUAAGUAAAACCCCUUUUACUUAUGUAUCAUUCAUGUAUGCACUUAAAAGUUAUUUAUAUUCAAGAAAAGUGUACAUUUCUCGUCAUAAAAUUGAGACGAGUUAUUUAAUUUUUUUUUUAUAAUCAAAAGUUUUGGAGAAUUAGGUCUCAAA